CCCUGCACCCCAGCCCCCAACGCCCCUAGCAGCCCACUGUCCCUCCUCUUUUCCUGCUCCCAGGCCCCACGGUGACCACUUUGGGCUCCUAUGAGGUGUCGGAGGGUUGUGAGAGGAAGAAAGGCCAGCGAUGGGGGCCUCUGGAACGGCGAGGAAUGCAAGCUAUGGAGGGAGAAGUGUUACUCCCAGCUCUCUAUGAGGAGGAGGAGGAGGAGGAGGACGAAGAGGAGGAAGAGGAAGAUCAAGUGCAGAAAGGCGGCAGUCUGGGCUCCCUGUCUGCGGGCAAGCACCGGGGCCUGAGCCUCACCGAGACGGAGCUGGAAGAGCUGAGGGCGCAGGUGCUACAGCUGGUGGCGGAGCUGGAGGAGACCCGGGAGCUGGCGGGGCAGCAUGAGGAUGACUCCCUGGAGCUGCAGGGGCUCCUGGAGGACGAGCGGCUGGCCAGUGCCCAGCAGGCAGAGGUGUUCACCAAGCAGAUCCAGCAGCUCCAAGGUGAACUGAGGUCCCUGCGGGAAGAAAUUUCCCUGUUGGAGCGUGAAAAAGAAAGUGAACUUAAGGAAAUAGAACAGGAGUUGCAUUUGGCCCAUACUGAAAUCCGGAACCUGCGGCAGGCAGCAGAGGACUCAGCGACGGAGCAUGAGAGUGACAUAGCAUCGCUGCAGGAGGACCUCUGUCGGAUGCAGAAUGAACUCUAUGACAUGGAGCGCAUUCGGGGGGAGUACGAGAUGGAGAUCACCUCCCUGCGGGCGGAAAUGGAAAUGAAGAACUCUGACCCGUCCAGUAGCUUAAGUGCCUCAGAUUUCUCUGAGAUGCAAGAAGAACUGCAGCAACUGCGGGAGCGGUACCGCUUCCUGAACGAGGAGUACCGGGCCCUGCAGGAGAGCAACAGCAGCCUCACGGGGCAGCUUGCAGAUCUGGAGAGUGAGAGGACACGAAGAGCAACAGAGAGGUGGCUGGAGUCCCAAACACUACGGCGUAUGAUAUCAGCAGAGUCUCAGACGUCAGAAAUGGACUUCCUGGAGCCUGAUCCUGAAACCCUUUUGUUGCGACAGCAGCUGCUGGGAGCGGAGGAACAGAUGCAGGACAUGCAGAACAAGUGUAAGGAAUUGUGUUGUGAGUUGCAAGAGCUGCAGCAUCACCGCCAGACCAGCGAGGAGGAGCAGAGGAGGCUGCAGCGAGAGCUCAAGUGCGCACAGAAUGAGGUGCUUCGCUUCCAGACCUCCCACAGUGCCGCGCAGAAUGAGGAGCUCAAGACCAGACUGUGCGCCCUGCAGCAGAAGUAUGACGCUAGCCAGGAUGAGCAGAACGAGCUGUUGAAGGCACAGCUCCAGCUCCAGGCUGAGCUUCGGCAGCUCCGAGUCACGAGGUGCUCGGUGGUAGAAAGCCCCAGCGAGAAGGAGUUACAGUGCCAGCUGCAAAAGCUGCAGCUCGAGUUCCACAACGUCACGUGCGAGAAGGACCAGCUGCUAGAAGUGCACCAGCAGCUACGCAGCGACCUGCGGAGCCAUGAGGCAGAGGUGCAGCGCCUCAGGACCAUGGUGGCCUGCUACCAAGAGAAAAGCGAUAAGAGCACAGAGAUGCACGCCCAGCUGCAGGAGAUGAGGCAGCUGUACCAGUGCAGCCAGGAGCAGCUGGAGCUGCAGAAACACAUGUACGAUCAGCUUGAGCAGGAUUACCUGCUCUGCCAGCACGAGCUGACCGAGCUCAGGAGCAGCCAGUCCAUCCCGGAGGACAAGGAGAAGUGUGUUCAUCAGUGUGACACCCUGCUGGCCAGGCUGACGGAGCUGCAGGACAGGUACAAAGCCAGCCAGAAGGAGAUGGGGCAAUUGCAGAUGGAGCAGUGCCAGCUCCUGGAAGACCAGCGGAGGAUGCAGGAGGAGCAGGGCCAGCUGCAGGAGGAGCUGCACAUGCUCACAUUCCCCGUGCCCAAAUCUGGGCUCAGCCUGAAGAGUCAAGAGCUACUUGCCAAGUUACAUGAGCUGGGUGAACUGCAGCUGCUGUACCAAGGCAUGCAGGAAGAACAGAAAAAACUACUCCAGAAUCAAGAGAGACUAGUACAGGAACAGUUUGCGCUGCAGGAAGAGCUGCACGUGUUCAAAGACUCUCAUUUCCGGGAAGUGCUGCAAAAUACCGAGGAUUCUAAACAGUCCAACUCCUCAAAAUGUCAAAACAAGUCCAAGGUGAUCAUGGCGCAGAUCCAGGCGCUGCAGGGGCUGUACGAGUCCAGCCAGAAGGAGCAAGAGCUGCUGCAGAAGGAGCAGGGGCGGCUUCUGGAGGAGCGCAAGAGGCUGCAGGCCGAACUGCAGCUCUGCCUGGAGGAAAUGCAGAUCCUCCAGGUCCAGUCCCCUGCUAUGAAAAUGAGCCUCGACUCCUACCUGAAGAGCAGCAGCGCGACCGGCAGCGGCGCCCCCAUCGGGGACGGCUAUCAGCGCAGUUACGAGAGCAGCGUGGACGCCAAGGAGAGCUACUUGCGGAGCUACACCAGCAGCCGGGCCAGCGACGAGAGCUUCCUCAAGAGCUAUGGCAGCAGCGCCAGCGAGCCCUGCGAGAAGGUUUCCCGCGCCAGCAGCGGCAGCGGCAGCAGCAGCACCGACACCUAUCACAAGAGCUACCUGAGCAGCAGCACGGAGGUGGAGCCAGCCGAGCCCAAAGACGUGGAGUGCUUUGAGGACACGGUGGCCAAGGUGUUGGUCAAGCUGCAGGGCGUGCAGGCCAUGUACCAGCUCAGCGAGGAGGAGCACAGCCAGCUGCAGGAGCGCAUGGCAAAGCUGCUGGAGCAGCAGAAGGGCCUCAAGGAGGAGCUGGAUGCCUGCGAGAGGGAGCUGAGGGAGUGCAUGGAGGGCCUGGAGAAGCCCGCGGCCUCCCAGAGUGACAAGAACGAGAUCAAGGAGCUGCAGGCCAAGCUCCGGGAGCUGCAGCUGCAGUACCAGGCGAGCAUGGACGAGCAGGGCCGGCUGCUGGCCGUGCAGGAGCAGCUGGAGGGGCAGCUGCAGUGCUGCCAGGAAGAGCUCCGUCAGCUCCGGGAGCGGAGGCUGUCAUCCACCACCGGUGGGAAAAACAGCAACAGGAACAGCAACAGGAACGCCAGCGGGACCAGAGAGCCCACCGAGACCAAGACCAUCCCAGAGAGUUCCGAGGUCAGCUGUGAGACCGGAAAGAGUCUAGAGGUGGUGCUGUACUACAAAGCCCCCCAAACGGAUUUAGAUAGUCUGACCAAAGAGGACCAGACAGAGGACGUGGAAGAGGAGGAGGAGGAGGAGGAGGAGGAAAAGAAAGACGUUGAGGAAGCAGAGGAAACCUGGGAUGAAAUAGCUACGGAGACACCAGACCCUGCAAGGCUGAAGUCCACGGAAGAUUGGGAGCAAGUAUUUGAAAAGCCCCAGCAGUGUGAGGACGACAAGGAUGAGGGUGAGGAUGACAAGGAUGAGGGUGACGGCGAGGGAGACAAGAAUGAGGACAGCUCUUGCCCUGAAACUUCCGAGGAAAACAACGCCCUCAAGAUUUCUGAGAGUAAAAAGGCCUGGUGGUCAUAUCGGCUUUGCUCUGGUGCUGGUGGGCUGAGACAUCGUCCUAAUGCAGAACAUGUUUGGGAUGUGGAAGCCUGUGGUGUUCUUGGCUAUCGCCGCGGUGGCCCUGUAUGUGUUACCCAACAUGCGACCGCAGGAGACAGAUUUCUGCCUCAUGGAGUGAUGGCAGACACCCCCCCACCGCCAUGGGGGGCCACACCCCCAGCGGCCCCUCCCCUCGGCUUUGGGCAGGACACACUGUGCCAGAGCCCCUGCCCCACCUGUAUGUUUGUGUCCCCAGCUCCUUCACCUGUCACCCAAGCCGGAAAGGCCCACGGGGAGCUGCCGGCUCCCAUCUCCUGCCUUGUAUGAGAAACUGGGUUCCUUGUAAUUAAAUAUCAACUGA